AUUCGUCGAAGAAGACGCGUAAAGAAAACAAUUCCAAACCGCUGGUGUUUAUUCAUCACUUGACCCUUCUUACAGCUCAACUUUCGGCAUCAUUGCAUAGUUUUACAUUGGGAGGACACCAUGCCCGUCAUUUGUGCGGCAACAGGGUGCAACAAUAAGUUCGUGAAAGGGUCGGAAAUAAGAUUUUACAGGUUUCCUCUCAGCAAGCCCCAACUCGCCAACAAAUGGGUGCACAGUCUGGGGAUGAAAAACUUCACGCCGACCUUCAACACCUGCCUCUGCUCGGAACAUUUCAGGACCGACUGCUUCAGGGACUACAACGGCAAACAGUUCCUGAGAGAAGACGCCGUGCCCACCAUAUUCAGCCAAGGGCAGGACUCAAAGAUUGAAUUGCGUAAAAGAGGCGUAAUACCGAAGGAGGCGACUGUUACAAAUCAAAUGGGAACGCAAAUGGAGAGAGACAGAGCGAGGGAGAGCGCUCUGCGCAGAGACAAAAGAGGAGGAAUGAGGGGUGGACGAGGCGCCCGCGGAGGAAAGCAGCUGUCUGACAGGCAGUUUGCAGGUGGAGCCAAAAACAAAGUGUACGACAGCAAAGGCCAUCUGCUGUCCAACGGCAAGGACAUGUGUGACUGUCUGGACGUGGACUGUAUGGGCUGCUUCUACCCGUGCCCCGAAUGCGGCUCCCGCAAGUGUGGGGUCGAGUGCCGCUGCGACAGGAAGUGGCUUUACGAGCAGGUGGAAGUGGAAGGGGGCGAAAUCAUCCGGAACAAGUUUGCUUUUUAACUCCCAGGGAGUCCGGAUUUAUCGUGGCAUCGAGGCCGACGGACUUUUCAAGAUGCUUUUUAAGGAAAUAUUCAAUAACAAAAAAAAAAACAAAAGGUAACUGGAUUUGCUUGGUUUUCUUGGAGAAAACACAUGAAGUUGAGUUGCCUUUGCUCCAGCUUUGUUUUUUCUGUGUAUACCUUGACCUGUACGGCUGAGGAGGUAGAAAACUAUGAUUUCUUUUUCUUUCUAAGCCAACUUCUUUGAAUAAAAUGUCUUUAUAUUUAAA